AAAUAUUCUGUCUUCUUCAUCAAUCAACGGUUUAAGACUUAACACUGCAAACAAAACUCAAAACCCUAGGCACACACUCUCUCUCUCUCUCUAUCCUCAAAGCUUCUUCUUCCUCGAUAUCGAUUGAGAGAAACUUCGUUCUAAGAUUCGAAAUCAUGGCGGCGGUUGUUGAUAUUGAUGUCCUAACAGCUCAGUUAGGGAUUAAUUGGUCAGAUGUUAAUCUCGAUUCAAUCCAACUUCCUCCUGGAAACGACUUUGGGAUCGAAAGUGAUGAUGAAAGUGUUUACCAAGAUGACCAGUCAGAAUUCGACACUGGAUUCGGUAACAUUAUCGUUGUCGAUCACCUCCCUGUUGUUCCCAAGGAGAAGUUUGAGAAACUAGAAGGUGUUGUUAAGAAAAUUUACAACCAGUUAGGUGUGAUUAAGGAAAAUGGACUGUUGAUGCCCGUUGAUCCCGAUACUAAGAUGACAUUGGGCUACUGUUUUAUUGAGUUCAACACUCCUCAGGAAGCACAAAACGCUAAGGAAAAGUCUCAUGGCUACAAGUUGGACAAGUCUCACAUAUUUGCUGUUAAUAUGUUCGAUGAUUUCGAUAGGUUGAUGAAUGUGAAGGAGGAGUGGGAGCCUCCUCAAGAAAGGCCCUAUGUCCCUGGGGAAAAUUUGCAGAAGUGGCUUACUGAUGACAAAGCCCGGGACCAGCUAGUCAUUCGUUUUGGCCAUGAUACUGAAGUUUACUGGAAUGAUGCUAGGCAGAAGAAGCCUGAACCUGUUCAUAAGCGUUCUUAUUGGACAGAGAGUUAUGUGCAGUGGUCUCCAAUAGGUACAUACCUUGUGACACUUCACAAGCAGGGGGCAGCUGUUUGGGGUGGUGCUGAUACAUUUACGCGUCUCAUGCGUUAUCAGCAUUCAAUGGUCAAACUAGUUGAUUUCUCGCCUGGUGAGAAAUAUCUUGUAACUUACCAUAGCCAAGAACCAAGCAAUCCGAGAGAUGCAAGUAAAGUAGAGAUUAAGGUCUUUGAUGUGAGAACCGGGAGGAUGAUGAGAGAUUUCAAGGGUAGUGCUGAUGAGUUUUCAAUUGGAGGACCUGGUGGUGUUGCUGGUGCCUCUUGGCCUGUUUUCAGAUGGGCUGGCGGAAAAGAUGAUAAAUACUUUGCCAAGCUGAGCAAAAACACUAUCUCUGUCUAUGAGACUGAGACUUUCAGCCUAAUAGACAAGAAAUCCAUGAAGGUUGAUAAUGUUGUGGAUAUUUGCUGGUCUCCCACUGAUUCAAUCCUUUCAUUGUUUGUUCCUGAACAAGGUGGUGGAAACCAACCAGCCAAGGUUGCUCUAGUCCAAAUCCCGAGUAAGGUAGAGCUGAGGCAGAAGAAUCUCUUCAGUGUGAGCGACUGCAAGAUGUACUGGCAGAGUAGUGGAGAGUAUCUUGCUGUUAAGGUUGAUCGAUACACAAAAACUAAGAAGAGUACAUACUCUGGAUUUGAGCUUUUCCGUAUCAAAGAAAGGGAUAUUCCAAUCGAGGUUCUUGAGCUGGAUAACAAGAACGAUAAGAUCAUUGCUUUCGCGUGGGAGCCCAAGGGUCACAGGUUUGCUGUGAUUCAUGGUGACCAGCCAAGACCGGAUGUUAGUUUCUACUCGAUGAAGACUGCACAAAACACUGGAAGAGUUUCAAAGCUCGCAACUUUGAAGGCCAAACAAGCCAAUGCCCUCUUCUGGUCGCCCACAGGCAAGUACAUCAUUCUUGCUGGGUUAAAAGGUUUCAAUGGCCAGCUUGAAUUUUUCAACGUGGAUGAGCUCGAGACAAUGGCCACAGCUGAACACUUCAUGGCCACAGAUAUCGAAUGGGACCCAACUGGAAGGUACGUUGCAACCUCAGUGACAACAGUCCACGAGAUGGAGAAUGGGUUCACCAUAUGGUCUUUCAAUGGGAAUAUGGUUUACCGGAUACUGAAGGAUCAUUUCUUCCAGUUGGCUUGGCGUCCAAGACCGGCAUCAUUCUUGACUGCGGAGAAGGAAGAAGAGAUAGCAAAGAACCUGAGGAAUUACAGCAAGAGGUAUGAGGCAGAGGAUCAGGACGUGUCGUUGCUAUUGAGUGAACAAGACAGAGAGAAGAGGAGGGCAUUGAAUGAAGAGUGGCAGAAAUGGGUGAUGCAGUGGAAGUCUCUGCAUGAAGAGGAGAAACUCGUGAGGCAAAAUCUUCGGGAUGGUGAAGUUAGUGAUGUGGAAGAAGAUGAGUAUGAAGCCAAAGAAGUUGAGUUUGAGGAUCUUAUUGAUGUUACUGAGGAAAUUGUUCAAGAGUUGAUGUAAGUUUCUCGGUCUCUUUUGUUACCCUCUCUUAGUCUUCGAUCUCUUAGAUAUCGCGUUCUCCACACUUCGAAGAGAAAUUUUGUUUCCUUUGGAUAUUGUUUUCAUUAUUUAAGUUUUCGUAAUUACACUUGAAGGGUUAAGAUUCUUAAUACUAGACAAAUCUUGCGAUCAAA